CCCGGCGCCCUGGCCUGGGGCAGCGCGAGCGCCGAACCUGCGGCCGGACACCAAGAUGCCUGGCGAACAGCAGACAGAGGAGGAGGAGGAGGAGGAAGAGAUGCAAGAGGAGAUGGUGCUGCUGGUGAAGGGUGAGGAAGAUGAGGGUGAGGAGAAAUAUGAGGUAGUGAAACUCAAGAUCCCCAUGGACAGCAAGGAGGUCCCGAGCGAGGCGCCAGCGCCGUCGGCCGACCCGGCGCGCCCACACGCGUGCCCGGACUGCGGCCGCGCCUUCGCGCGCCGCUCCACGCUGGCCAAGCACGCACGCACGCACACGGGCGAGCGGCCCUUCGCGUGCACCGAGUGCGGCCGGCGCUUCUCGCAGAAGUCAGCGCUGACCAAACACGGCCGCACGCACACGGGCGAGCGGCCCUACGAGUGCCCCGAGUGCGACAAGCGCUUCUCGGCCGCCUCGAACCUGCGGCAACACCGGCGGCGCCACACUGGCGAGAAGCCGUACGCAUGCGCGCACUGCGGGCGCCGCUUCGCGCAGAGCUCCAACUACGCACAGCACCUGCGCGUGCACACGGGCGAGAAGCCGUACGCGUGCCCGGACUGCGGACGCGCCUUCGGCGGCAGUUCGUGCCUGGCGCGCCACCGACGCACGCACACGGGCGAGCGGCCGUACGCAUGCGCCGACUGCGGCACGCGCUUCGCUCAGAGCUCGGCGCUGGCCAAGCACCGACGUGUGCACACGGGCGAGAAGCCUCACCGCUGCGCCGUGUGCGGCCGGCGCUUCGGCCACCGCUCCAACCUGGCGGAGCAUGCGCGCACGCACACGGGCGAGCGACCCUAUCCGUGCGCCGAGUGCGGCCGACGCUUCCGCCUCAGCUCGCACUUCAUCCGCCACCGCCGCGCGCACAUGCGGCGCCGCCUCUAUAUCUGUGCGGGCUGCGGCCGGGACUUCACUCCCCCUGGCGCCACGGCCGCCACUGCCACCGAGCGCUGCCCGGAGUGCGAGGGCACCUGAGCCGCCGUUUUUUGUCGCCAUGUGGCUGCGAGGGGCCGGC